AUGCUUCGCGAAACCCCCUCGAAUAUUGACACAAUUGUAGUCGGUGCCGGGCCCGGUGGCUUGUACACUGCCAUCGAACUCUAUCGCCAAGGCCAUUCUGUUGCUGUGCUUGAAAGCCGAGACAAGCUUGAACCCGUUGGUGACUUUGUUGGAAUAGGUCCUUCUGUUACCAAACAGUUUGAAAAGUGGCCAGGAAUGAUGCAGACAUACCGUGACAGCAUUUACCGGCCAGAUCUAUUCUUGCUGGCUCACGACGGGAAGCAACUUGGCGGACCAUUCCACCUCUCGGAGAAAUCAGACUACCGACCGGUCCCCAUCAGUCGUACAACACUUGUACAGUUUCUGUAUGACUAUGCCAUAUCACUGGGGAUACCAGUCCUCUUCUCCAAGAAGGUCGCCACAUACGGCGAAUCGGACGAUGGGACACGGGCAUUCGUCGUGACUGAGUCGAACGAACGGUUCGAAGCGGAUCUAGUCGUCGCCGCUGAUGGAAUUGGCACCAAGGCCACCGCCAUUACCAACGGAAAAGAAAUCAAAGCUUUUAGCAGUGGCCAGUCCGUGUACAGGGUCACAUACCCUACAGCACUACUAAAACAGAACAGCUUUCUCUCAAACAUCUACACCUUUGGACCGGGGCAGCCUGACUAUUGUGAAGUAUACCUCUCUCUUAAAGGUACCAUGAUUAUCUUAGUUUCUCCAGAGACUACAACCUGGCUCUUUACACACGUGGAUACUGGCAGCGCCGCUCAGGAAUCGUGGGCCAAAACACUCAGUGUAUCCGAUGUAAUGGCUACACUUUCGGAAACAGAAGUGGAAUGGGAUCGCAGGUGCCUUGAGAUUAUUCAGUUGACUCCAUCCGGCUCCAUCACCGACUACAAGUUGACGUUUCGAGACCCCAACCCAGAGUGGACAUCCAAGGGUGGCCGCAUCGUUAAAAUCGGAGACGCUGCUCACUCUUUUAUUCCGAAUUCUUCAAACGGAGCCACCCAGGCAAUGGAAGAUGGUCAGUCUCUAGCCGCCUGUCUCCGUCUCGCCGGCAAGCAAAACAUUAGUUUGGCGACCCGAAUCCAUACCCGUCUCCGAUUCGAGCGAACAUCGUGUGCGCAAAAGAAUGGUUUCAAGAAUAGAGAGAAAUGGGCGACGAAUUCAUUUGACGCUAUCCGACAGAAUCCACUGAUGGCAGUCAAAUCCAUCGGGCGGUGGCUUAGCAACCAUGACCCCGAGCAAUACGUUUACGACAAUUGGGUGGCCUGCUUGAACCAUCUUGUUAGCGGUUCAGGGUUUAAAAAUACCAACCUCCCGCCAGGAUAUGAAUAUGAGCCGUGGACGAUGGACGAGCUGUUGGCGUCAGGUGUCCAAGAUGUUGAUUCUGGAGAUUGGGACUAAACAUAGUGCAAAGAGAUUUCGAAUUAGACUAUAUUGAAAUUUAAUAGAUCAUUUUUUU